AUGCCGUCCACCGCCGACAUCCUCGCCUCAGCCUUUGGCCUGCCCCGCUCCCGCUCCCGGGGCAGCGGGAGCAGCAGGAACAGCAGCCCUGCCAGGCCCCGUCGUCAUAGUGGCGACGUGCCUCGCAGCAGCGCCCCCGCGAGCCUCAACAUCAACACCAAGGACGUUGCCCCCGCCCCCGUCAAGGCCACUUACACCGAUGGCUCGCUUGCUUCCUCGCCCACGGCCAACACUCCGGCGCCCUCGAGCCCCGCGACCCCGUCUUCGCCCAGCAUCCCCGUGCAGCAUCUUACCCGCCGCCACAAGACUACCUCCGACGCCAGUCAUCGUCGCAGCGGCAGCGCCUUUGGCAGCAGUAGGACUGCGCUCGGCCCGCCUCCCAAGAUGAACGACAGCGGCGUUGAACUUCCCUAUGGCUCUCGCCGGGCUUCUCCGCGUACCAGCAUGGAUUACCCGCGCCCCAGCAUGGAAAAGUCGGUGCUUUCCCUCGACAGCGGCCGCUCCAGCAUGAGCGCCGACUGGCCGACCCACCCGUACGAGCUUAACACCAUCGCCGAGCUCGACCAGCUGCCUCAAGGCACCGAGGUGAACUUCCGUGCGCGCAUCGCCACCCAGCGCCAGCUGUCCAAGGCGCUCGACUUCCUCCUAUUCCGCGACCAGACGCACUCUGUGCAGGGCGUGCUCUCCAGGGAGCACAUGGACAUGGUCAAGUGGGUGCAAAAGCUGGCUCCAGAGUCCCUCGUCCAGGUCAAUGGCAUCCUCAAGACGCCCCCGGAGCCUAUUCGCUCCGCCACACACUCCGGUGUCGAGGUCAGCAUCCAGUCCAUCCACCUUGUUGGUGCCGCGUACAAUGCGCCCUUCACCAAUUACAAGCCCCCGGAGUCUUUGCGCAACCGCAUGAACUCGCGCAUCCUCGACCUCCGCCACCCGUCCAACCAGGCCCUUUUCCGCAUCCGCUCCGUCGUGGCCCGCACGUUCCGCGACGUGCUCGAAAAGGAGGGCUUCGUCGAGAUCAAUACCCCGAAGCUUCAGCCCGCCGCGACCGAGAGUGGCGCCGCCGUCUUCAAGGUCAACUACUUUGGUCGCAAUGCCUUCCUCGCCCAGAGCCCCCAGCUGGCUAAGCAAAUGUCUAUCUCUGCCGAUUUUGGCCGUGUUUUCGAAGUUGGCCCCGUCUUCCGCGCCGAGAAUUCCAACACGCAUCGCCACUUGACCGAGUAUACGGGCCUCGACAUUGAGAUGGCCAUUGAGCAUGAUUACCAUGAAGUCAUUUACGUCCUCGACGACUUCCUCAAGGCUGUUUUCAAGAACGUCUACGCGAUGCCCGAGGUCAAGGAGGUGCAGAAGCGCUGGCCAAGCGGCGAAUUCAAGUAUCUCGACGAGACGCUCGUUCUCGACUUCCGCGAGGGCAUUCGCAUGCUGCGCGAGGAUGGCCGCGAUGUCGAGGAGGAGGACCUCUCCACCCCUGAUGAGAUGCGCCUGGGCCAGCUCGUCCGAGAAAAGUACAACACUGAUUACUACAUCCUCGACAAGUUCCCCGCCAGUGCUCGCCCCUUUUACACUCACAAGGACCCCGAAGACCCCAACUGGACACGCUCAUUCGACAUCUUCAUCCGCGGCCAGGAGAUUUGCUCCGGAGGCCAGCGCAUCAACGACCCCCACGAGCUGCGCCAAAACAUGCUUGACUCUGGCAUGACUGAGGACGGCAUGGAGGACUACAUGACCGCCUUUGAUCUCGGCGCCCCCCCGCACGCCGGAGCCGGGUUGGGUCUGGAACGAAUCGUUGCCUGGAUGCUCGAGCUCGGUGAUGUCCGAUACGCCUCGCUCUUCCACCGUGACCCCAAGUCGCUCCCCGAGCGGUCUCCCGGCCUGGCUCAUCCCGAGGCAGACACGACCAAGCCGCAGGCAGCAGGCGCUCCGCCGCCAAUCGAGAAGCUCAUCGCCAACUAUGGCGAUGCUUCCAACACAUCUUGGCUCGACGAGCGCUUCGAGAUCUGGCGCCACCCCACGGGCGCCGCCGUCGGCUUCGUCAAGCAGGAGAAGUUCGCCAUGGUCACGGGCGACCCUCUGUGCGACCGAUCACAAUACAAGGACGUCUGUGCCGCAUUCGUCAAGUUUGUUCUUACCGAGCUGCGCCUCACGCCCGUGUGGAUGCUUGUCUCGUACGAGGUCCAGAAGAUUCUCGCGCAACAGUUGGGCUGGCGCACGCUGUCCUGCACCGAGGAGCAGCGCGUCGACACCAACAAGCAUCACAACACGACGGGCGGCCCCAAGGCCAGGCGCGUCGAGCGCGAGGGAGUCAAGGUGCACGAGGUCAAGGCCGACGACGAGUUCAUCAGUCGCGCCAACCCGGCCAUCGAGGAAUGGAAGGCGAGCCGGAAGGGCAAGCAGAUCCAUCUGACCGAGGUGCGGCCUUGGGUCGACAUGGAGCACAGGCGAUACUUUGCCGCCGAGAAGGAGGGCAAGGUGCAGGCCCUCGUGGUGCUGGCCAAGCUGUCUGCCAAACACGGUUGGCAGGUCAAGUGGGCGCUCGACUUCCCCGGCUCCGUCAACGGCGCCAUCGAGGUGCUCAUCGAGUACACGCUCUCAAGCGUGACGGGCCAGGUGACGUUUGGCGUCGGCGUUUCGGAGAAGCUGACCCCCGGAGAGCAUCUUCACGGCAUCCGCGCUCGCUUCCUGGCGACGACGUACAACUCGAUUGUCGAGAGCCUGGGUCUGCGCCGCAAGGCCGGCUUCCGCAGCAAAUUCGGCGCCCUCGGCGAGGAGGUGUACAUUUGCUACCCGAAGCAUGGCGUUGGUCUGCGCGACCUGAACCAGAUUAUCAAGUUCUUCCAAGACUGA